CCAGCGACUCCCUUUCUCUGCCAAGCCUGCAUCUUCAGCUCAGAGCAAGGAUCACCAUGGGUGCUGAGCUACCAAUGAAUUCCAGCAAUAGCGAGUAUUCCAUGGAUUACACUGAGUCAGUGAGUGGCAUGUACUAUACACCUGAGGAGAGUGACUUACUGUGCUUCCAGGAGGAGGUCAGGCAGUUCUCCAGGAAGUUUGUGCCGAUCGCAUACUCUCUGAUCUGUGUCUUUGGCCUCCUGGGUAAUAUUCUUGUGGUGAUCACUUUUGCCUUUUAUAAAAAGGCCAGGUCUAUGACGGACGUUUACCUCUUGAAUAUGGCCAUUGCAGAUAUACUUUUUGUCCUCACCCUGCCAUUCUGGGCAGUGACUCAUGCCACCAGAGAGUGGACUUUCAGCAAUGCUUUGUGCAAGCUGAUGAAAGGCAUCUAUGCUGUCAACUUCAACUGUGGUAUGCUGCUCUUGGCCUGUAUCAGCGUGGACCGGUACAUUGCCAUUGUACAGGCAACCAAAUCUUUCUGGUUUCGAUCCAGGACUCUGGCACACAGCAGAAUAAUCUGCCUUGUGGUGUGGGUGUUGUCGCUGGUCAUCUCCAGCCCAACAUUUGUCUUCAACCAGAAAUAUAAUAUGCAAGACAGCAAUGUCUAUGUCUGUGAGCCCAAGUAUGGCCAAGAAUCAGACCCUAUCAUGUGGAAGCUGCUGGUGCUGGUGCUGCAGCUGCUGUUCGGAUUCUUUGUCCCGCUGGUGUUAAUGGUGUUCUGCUACAUGUUCAUUGUCAAGACCUUAGUGCAGGCUCAGAAUUCUAAAAGGCACAGAGCCAUCCGUGUGGUGAUCGCGGUGGUCCUUGUCUUCUUGGCUUGCCAGAUUCCUCAUAACACAAUGCUUCUGAUGACUGCUGCAAACCUGGGCAGAGUGAACCGAUCUUGUGCCAAUGAAAAGCUCAUGGGAUACAUCAAAAAUGUCACGGAAGUCCUGGCCUUCCUCCACUGCUGCCUGAACCCUGUGCUCUACGCAUUUAUUGGUCAGAGGUUCAGGAACUACUUCCUGAAGAUAAUGAAGGACAUGUGGUGUGUGAGAAGAAAGCACAAGGUGCUGAGCCUCCCGUGUGCCAGGGUGAACUCAGAAGCCUUUGUUUCCAGGCAGACCACUGAGAUCAUAGGCAAUGACAAUGCAUCAUCUUUCACUAUGUGAUGAAGACGAGCAGGCUAAAUGUCCUGAGAGGCUUUGUGAAACUUAUUAAUUGAAGAGUAAGAUCCACACAUAUGCACACGGACACAUAGACCUCCAUGGCCAAAUAUGCAAAUGUGGAAAUUGGACCAAAUGAGGAAGCGUCUCUCUCUCUCAGAUCAGGGAC